UUUCUGAAGGACGCCACUGUGGAAUUCGGAGCGCUGCUGUCUUGUUUUGAUAAAUAUUUUCCUGGUUGCGGCUCCUGGAGUUCAGGCGAAUUUCCUCCGCAAUGGCUGGCGAUAAAUAUUCCAUCCUUCUGCCCACGUACAACGAAAAGGACAAUCUCCCCAUAAUCAUCUGGCUGAUUGUGAAACACAUGAACCUGAGUGGAUUCGAUUACGAGAUCAUUGUUAUUGACGAUGGGAGUCCAGACGGCACCCUCGACGUGGCCAAGGACUUGCAGAAGAUCUACGGCGAGAAGAAGAUCGUGCUGCGACCGCGAGAGAAGAAGCUGGGCUUGGGAACAGCGUAUAUUCAUGGUGUUAAAAAUGCCUCCGGGAACUUCAUUGUGAUCCUGGACGCUGAUCUGAGUCACCAUCCAAAGUACAUUCCACAAUUCAUCGAGCUGCAGAAGAAGGAGGACUUGGACAUUGUGUCUGGCACGAGAUAUCGUGGCGACGGAGGUGUUUAUGGCUGGGAUGUGAAGCGGAAGCUGAUAUCUCGCGGAGCCAACUAUCUCUCUCAGGUGCUCCUGCGUCCGGGCGCCUCGGAUCUCACGGGAUCAUUCAGGCUGUACAGGAAAGAUGUGCUCACGCGUCUCAUCUCGCAGUGUGUCUCCAAAGGCUACGUCUUCCAAAUGGAGAUGCUCGUGCGUGCACGCCAGAACCACUUCACCAUUGGCGAGGUGCCCAUCACAUUUGUGGACCGCCUCUACGGGCAGUCGAAGCUGGGGGGAACGGAGAUCUUCCAGUUUGCCAAGAAUCUUCUCUACCUGUUCGCCACAACGUGAGAACGGUGCCAAUAAAGACAGCAUUGGAUCUUCAAAAUAA